GUAUGCAAUGGGAGGUUUGGCGGCAGUACUACUACAGACUAACGUUACAGAUCUUUCUUAGCUUCUGCCAGGCAUGCCAUGGGUUCAGAGUGAACCCCCUCCCCACGUCAAUUUUAAUUUGUCUUUUAUUAUCUCUCUACUCUCUAGAUCCCAUCGUGAUGGAGUCGUCAGCAAGGGGCAUUGACUUGGACAAAGUGGUUGAGGAGUUUAAUUCUUGGCAGAGGCUGCAUGAAAGGCUUGUCCAAGAAAAAGAAGGCCUUCAGAAUGAAGUCAGUCUGCUGCAAAGAGAGUAUGAAGCAUCAAAAGAGAGACAUACACAGACAAUGAAAGAUUUCAAGCAAACACAAGAGAUGGUUACAAAGCUUCAAAACAUGCUCAAACUGAAGUGCAAUCUUGAAGAUGAGAACCAAGAACUGAAGGACAAAGUGACAAAUGUUAUUGAUGAGCUUGCCAUUACAAGAGAGGAACACAAACUAGCCAUGAGCCAGUCUCAGGACAAGAUGGAUGAACUGCAUAAAACUCACAGGCAGGAAAUGGAUGAUCUCUUGGAAACUACUAAAGCGGAGAGAGAGAAGGAGGUUGGGAUAUUAAAGGAGAGUUUACAUGCUAAGAUGAAUGAGGUUGGCAAGCUUCACAAGCAGUUAGCUGAACUGGAGAGAGAGAAACAUACUGAAGUUACAAGAGUUAGGCUUGAGUAUGAUGCUAAGCUGUUGAAACUGCAGAAAGAAAUCACACGAGCCCAACAACAGAGCUCAAAGACUGCUAACAGGGGUAGUGAUAUAUACAGACAGAAACUGAUGAACGCAAAAGCCGAGUCCGACCAGCAGAUUUCAUCCCUCAAGAGAACCAUAUCAGACCUUCAGAGGAGACUUGAUGCGCAAACAGGAGGCACUUACGGACCUAAGAGAAAGUUCUGAGCUCUGAGAAUCAUCUCCAAGACUGCACAUGCAUGUGUGAUAUUAAAGGGAGGUACAAAUGUAUAAGACCUAGCAGAAAGUUUGGGAAGUGACUCCCUGAUACACCUAUGUACAAAGAAAUGAGAAAAUGUUCUGAGCUCAGGGAACCUGCUCCCAUAGUCAAUACAUGUAUGAUAUAAACGGAAGGCACCAACAUGUAUCCACGGACAUGUGAGAAAGUUUUGAGCUCAGGAAAGUUGCUCCAUACAUGUAUAAUGUACAGGCACCUUGGACCCAAGAGAAAGUUCUGAACUAAAGAAAGCUGGCUCCAUAUGUCUACCAUGUCUACAUGUACAGCUGAGUAGUAUGCACAUUUGUAUGGAGCUUUUUAGAGAAAGUUUUGAGCUUGGGAAAGUCACUUUAUUUACUCUGGUAAAUGUAUGCAUGUACGAUAUAAAUGAUGGACAUUUAUAUGGACCCAAGAGAAAAUUCUGAGCUCAGAGAACCAACUCCCAUACUGUACGUGCAGGUCUGAAACUGGAGACGCCAAUGUACAAAAGUUGUUUUUCCAUGUUGAUGUACUAUGAAUAAUAGCACAUUUCAAACU